AUGAUGUACCGCUUCAACCCAGAUGCUCCCCAGAGCUUCCACCACCAGUCCACCAUGUCGCGCAGAGUAGCGAAGGGAGACUACAUUGAGACCGACACAGGCAACAAGGUCGCCCGCAAAGCGACCCUCGUCGGCACCCAGAAUAUCAUGCUAGGCGGCAAGACGGUAAUCCAACCAGAGGUCAUGAUCCGCGGCGACCUCGCCCGCUCAGCACAGCCCUCUGCCGGCGGCGCCCCGGCCAACAGCACGGCCGUCGCGAUCGGGAGAUACUGCUUCCUCUCCAGGGGCGCGCUCCUCCGGCCUCCAGGACGGAUGUACAAAGGAGCCUUCACAUACAUGCCCCUCCGCAUGGGCGACCACGUCUUCGUCGGCGCAAACGUCGUCAUCCAGGCCGCCUCGAUCGGGAACCACAUCCACAUUGGCCGCGACAGCGUCAUUGGCGAGUUCGCCAUCGUCAAGGACUACGUACGCAUACUCGAAGGCACCGUCGUGCCGCCCAACAUGGUGAUCCCGAGCUUCAGCGUCGUCGCGGGCCAGCCGGCGCGCGUGGUGGGCGAGGUACCCGAGGGCGGGCACGAGGAGUUUGAGUUGAGGGAGCUGUAUAAGACGGUGGGGAAUAAUCCGCAGCCUUUGACUGCGUGA